AUGAAAGUAAUCCUGCUCCUGACUUUCCUGGCCACUCUGGCUCUUUCCCUAGCUUUUCCCCAGGUGGGACAUGGUUCUCCUAACGGACCCAGCGGGCGUUUUCCUAUGACCAAGAAUUGGGCAUCUCCUCCGGUGGAUCUGAGAAAACCUAUUAUUUUCCUGCCAGAAGCCACGCCCAUUCAUGAAGCCCAGGAAUCACGACCCAGACAAAGCAGACAUCGCAAGAGUGGAUAG